AUGUCCACUGCGAAUUCCAGCACCUUACCGCCAAAGCCGAGCGAUCAUUUGCAAGGCAAAGUGAUGUCGGAGGGUGAGAAGCCAGCGGAAGACAAAAAUGAUCGAGUUGCGGAGGUCCAGAAUUACCAGCAAGACUCAAAGAAUCAUCGACGAGUCAGAAGAUUCACAAAAUUCGAACGGACGUCGCUACGAUGUGCUAUAGUUACCAGCAAGCACAAAGAUAAAGUGGAGCAUAUGAAAAACUCGAUUUCAUCAUGGCAAUCAACGAUCGCAAAAAUGAAAAUCAAUAUGCAAAACGCACUGCAAUACGCCGACGAUACCAGCGAAGAAUACAACCUGCUGCUUCGAUCGCUACGAAAGGAAGGCGCGAUUGGAGAAUCGACUGAUAUGUCAGCACAUCAUCCCGAAGAGCAGUCUUCCCGUGUCGGAGAAGGCUCGGACGGUGAUUCGAGCGACAUGUCGGACAUUCUUCAAUUACCGUCUAACAAGGAAUACCAGCCUCCGGAAUCUGACGAAGACGACAUUCUCUUUGUACCAGCUUCUUCAUUCAAAACGAAACCAACCAUCAGCACAUUGGAUAGAAGAUUCUCGGAAAUUCAAGAGAAUGAAAGCAAAGGAAAUGCCACAUUCGUCACCAUUCGCAAUAACACCUCGAAAUUUGGUCAAAUCAAGAUCAAAGACAGCGAAAGCGAGAAGGAGUCUGCAAAAGAAGAUGAUAUACCAGCUGAAAAACGACACAUCAAAGUCACUAUAAGCCAGGACAGACAACCAAACAGUGCAAAACCAUCGGAGAAACACGGAACGUCUCCAAAAACGCACAAAGGUCCUGCUAAAGAAGAAAGUCGUCUACCAGCCAAAGAAUCAUUUUCAAAACGAAGCAAAUCGGCAGAAAGAAGUCGUAUAUCUACAAGAAGAGGUCGUAGUCGUUCGCGGAACUUUCAUCGAUCGAUCGAAAGACAUGCAACUCAUUCGGAUUCGUGGAAGCGGAGUCACAAUUCCAGUGAAAGAACGAUGUGCCGUCAAAGUCAAAGAGACACAUAUACCAGCAGAAGCAGACGAAGUGUUUCAGCGGAAAGGAAGAAAUAUCACCAUCGUUUUUCUCCCGUCCGCUCAUACAAAACGCAAUUCCGUUCGAGAAGCUACGAUCAAGACAGAUAUUGUGAUGCCAGAAGGUACAGGAAAAGAAGCACUUACUUGAAUCGAAAGGAGACGUCGCCUGACAAGAGAUCACCGUCACCAAAGAGAUCUCCGAAGCGCCUCUCGUACCAGCCAAGAAAACGCCAACGUUCACCUUCCGUACCAGCAAAACAUCCGUCUGGAAAGAAGAAAAGAACGACUACACCGUCAUCAGAGCAAACGAUCUUGCCACACCUGGGAACGGAUGAAGCCCAGGAGUUAUUGGAAGGUCAAAUCUGCGUGUUCUGUAAAUCGGAGGAACACUCGUCAAAGGAUUGUGUUCUCGGAGAUUCCAGCGAAAUCCGUAGAAAAUUCUGCGAAUACCAAGGAUACUGCAAAAUCUGUGCAAGCAGGGAACAUCGUACGAAGAAAUGCAAAUCCAAGUACCAGCGAAAAUGCAAAAGAUGCGAAGAGAUGAAGAUACCAGCGAAACAUGGAACAUUCGUAUGUCCGAUCUUUAUGGCAGGACGUCAACAAAAACUGGAAGAGGACGAAGAAAAGAAGAAAGAAGAGGAGAAGCUAAGAGCAACAACUACCAGCUCCAAUCUCGCUCUCCCCACUUCGGAAAUUUCUCUACCAGCCAGUUUCAAGACGCCAACGACUUCGAGGAAAAUACAUUCAAGCAGAAGCUCGUCUGGAACAUCAAACACGUCGUCUGGCACAUCAAACACGUCGUCUGGCACAUCAAACACGUCGUCUGGAUCCAGUCGAUCGUCUUCAAGAACAUCUUCAUCGUCCAGCCAUUCAUCAAAAUCAUCUGCAAUUUCGCGCAGUACGUGGUACACGACUUCGACGUAUUCAAGAAGCAGUAGCACUUCAUCGAACACCAGCUCAUCUUCCGACUACACCACCGACUCCAGCGAUAUGUCAGAAAGUCCAAUCGAUUCACUGGAAUUCGUGCCAAGAAGACCAGGGAAUCAAAGAUCUUCCGUGUCAUCGGAAGAAGGAUUCGAUAGACAUUGGGAAACUCUCGGAGCAAAGGAUCAGUCUCCAGAAGUCUCGGAAUACCAGCCGCCAAGAAGCCCGUCACCAUUUGGUUAUCAUAGAAGAACUGAAAGAUCAAGGAAUAGAACCUUCAAGCCAACUACUUCUUCGGUACCAGCAAAGAUACCAAUACAAAUAGUGAUAGCGGAAAGCGUCAAAGAAAGAAUCCAGAAUUCCGAAGGAGAUGACACGAGAAGACAAGGAGUUGGAGCCGAUAUACCAGCUGGAGGACAAGUGGAAGAGAAGCAAGACGAAAAUCUCGAGACCAACAACAUCGAGAAUCUUUGA